AUGCACUCUACAAACCUACCAGUGCACGAAUGAUUUCCAUCUGUCCACGGUGAACGUUGGUCCUUAACUACUAGCACAGUGCCGGUGCUCCGCUUGCUGGCUCGCUGCUGGCAAUCUGCAUACACACGCACUGACCAAUCCUCAGCAUCCCACGAUCCGGAAGUCCGAAGAAUAUGCAACCUCUCGGCUGGCGGCGGCUGCAUAACAAAAGUCUCAGAUUCAUCAUUCGGUGGUUUUGCUUAUUUGUCGUCAGCCCUGGCCGGACUUACGACAGUCCGAGAGUCCGGGUUGCUCCCAGCAUGGAUUCGCAGCACUGGACUCAUAAACGUCCGAAAGUCCGCGCGCAAGUGAGAGAGAGCUCUCCCGUUCUCCCACACCAGUCACAUCUAAACGGCCAAAAAAAGAAGCGCAAUCGUCCCAAUAUGCCGCGACAAGAAAGUGACGACCGAGCAGAGAUAUCCUGCAAUUCCUGCAGGGAAAGAAAGAUUCGCUGCAACCGUGUAAGACCGGCUUGUGACAAAUGCCAGACCCUUGGCUUGAAUUGCGCCUAUCCUGCGAGGAAGCAGAGGUCGAAGCGCGCGCUGAGCACGGAAGAAGCGCUGAAGAACAUUUUUGACCGUCUGGAACGAUUGGAGACUACUGUCGCAAAUGCAAUAUCAAAUGGGACCGUGCAGCAGCAGCAGCAGCAGCAGUAUCAGCAGGAGAAGGAGGAGGCGGAGCAGUCGCAGCAAUCUAUUGAGCUGCAAGAUGAUCAGCCGAAAAACACUCCGACGCCUGGUGCAGCGUCUGCUGGCAGCAGCAGUAGGGGAAGCCCGUUCUCGCGGACCGAAACCUUGGCUGUAAACAGAACCUUUAAGCGUCCGGCAACCCGUAGUCCUUCGGCGGCAGUGCAGGCGGAAGAAGCCAUGCAGCCCGGAUCGCCGUCUCUGACGCAGCUUGUCGCCGAGGCCACAAACCUCGCUCGAGCAGUUUUGUCGGUCAAGGCACCCGAGACGGCGUCGAGCCCCAGUCACCACGAAGAAGCGGCUGUCCUUGAUAGCCUGCACAAGGUCGAGACGGAAACCGUUAAAGUGCCAAACAAUGCUCACACCGGCAACCAAUUCCUCAUGCCUUCCACGGCAGAGAUCCAGGCAUGGCUUCAGUUAUUCUUCAGGCAGGCACCUGAAUACUACCUUUUCUCCCUCCGCGCGACUAUCCCCGAUGAUUUCAUGUUGAUGAUUCCCGAACUCAUCGAUAGUCCGGACACCACUCUCGACAAGGCAUGUCUGAUCAGCUGCUACUCCCUUGCUCAACAAGGGCUGGCGCUUGACGAUUCCGAAAUUCCCAAUCGUCUCGCUUAUUCUCAGGGUCUGUACAAGGCGUGCUUAAACCUUCUGGAACCAUGGAAGAACAAGAAACCGCCAUAUACGACGCUUGAUAUUGUGGCUGCUCUGUCGAUGACCAUCUUCUCCUGGAAAUUUCUGGACAACAACCUAGCGAUCUCCAUCUUCAAGCACGGCUGCGCUGUAGCACGUGAUCAGGGCCUGUUCCACAUCGAUGACCCGACAUUCACUCACCACCCACCUCUCACAGAAACCAGGAAAGCAAUGAACCGGCUGCUCUUCUGGCAGAUCUACCAGUUUGACAGCGGUUUCAACCUGCAAGCAGGAGCACCCUCAGCCAUCCAAGACGGCACGUGGAAGGUCGACAUGCCCGUCUUCAACACAUGGAUGUACGAAGAACUGCGUCUCACGCCGGAACACCAUAUCGUCUUUUACGCCACCACGCGGCUGGCGCUGGUGCAGAAGAAAAUGAACGUUGUCCUUGCCAAUGCGGCUGCGAGGAAACGGUCGCCCAGCCACGACAUAUCCGAGCAGUUGAAGGCGACACUGGCGUCACUCGUGGCAGAGGUCCAGACGAUCCUGGACGAUCUGCUGCUCGUCGAAAGAUAUCACUCGGCCACAGACGAUAUGCACAAGUGGUAUUACGGUGACAUACUGUUCAACUUUCACACCACCCUCACGCUGCUAUAUCGCGCGGGUUACUACUCCGCCAUCGGACCGUGUGCGCCAGAUCCCGCAUUGCACUCCGCCCGCGCCGCGAUAAACAUGAUGCGGGAUCUCUACGGACUUAUUCCUAGUCAGCGACAUUGGAACAUCGGCUUCGUCUGUCUCUUCCCGUUCAUCCCCUUCUUUACGCUCUUCUGCAACCUUCUCGUAACCGAAGACCUCACAGCGGCGCAUAGCGACCUCGCGCUGAUAACGUGGCUGCAGCAGACCAUCAGCGACUGGUGCGGCAGCCGGGCGUCGGAGGGGCUGGUGCGGUUCGAGGUGAUCACCCGGCGCCUCAACGAAGUGGGCCACUACCUCAUCUCGAAGAAGUGUGCCGAGGCGUGGUCCGCGCCGCAGCCGGAACCGGAGGUCCUCAUGACCGAUGCCCUGAAUCUGGAGUUUGAUCUCGAUGUGGGACAGUUUUUGGAUAGUCCCGUAGAGUAUGCGCGUAUGCUGGAGACCGGCGUCGUGCAGGUUGAUACUCAUGCGGAGUGGUGGAAUGGGCUCGGGUAUGAGGGGCAGUAGAUGUAUAGUAAUAGACGGUAGACGGGGCGUGUGGAGAGUUAAAAGUCAUUGGUGUUCACAAGUGUAUGGGGAUUUUCGUGAGUAGACGGGUGGAUGUGGAGAGUUACAAGUCAUUGGAUUGGUGUUCACUACACGUGUGUGGGUCCUCUCACGUCUCAUUCGUAUCAGACAUUGGGAUUAAGAACUUGGAACCGGAACUUGGAGCUUGGAACUUGGUCCUUGGAAGAAAGCUUCCUG